UGUGUCCUCUAUAUAAACAACGGCACGUUACUUCUGGCUAAAUGAUUAUUUCAAUAAUACAUACAUAGACAUAUGUACAUACUAACACAAAAACAACAUAUGAUAUAUAUACGUAGAACUGAUCAUCCUCGUUUGUAUACAACAAUGACAAAGACACUUGAGAUUGACAUAAGAUCCGCAGAAGGUCUUAAGUUAAACCGGAGACUCUUAAAGAAAAAGACUUUCGCCGUUGCAAGAAUCGGUGAGAAGUCUCGACCGUCGCAUCUUGACGUAUCGGGAGGAAGCAGUCCAACGUGGAACUGCAAGUUGGAGAUGCCCAUGAGCGGGACUGAACAGUUCAUCUACAUCGAGGUGUUGUUUCGAACAAGUUCUGGACGCGAGAAGAAGAUAGGAGAAGCUAAGAUCCCAACGUCAGACUUCAUGGGAAGGUAUUCACCUGAAGGUCAUUUGAAAUUCUUGAGCUAUAGGUUAAGAGAUGAAUAUGGGGAUAAGUGUGGAAUCGUGAAUGUUUCAAUCAUGGUUAAACCUUAUUCCACAGAUGAGUUCAAAUCUUCUUCCACGGCGAUGAAAGAUUAUGGAGCUUGUUCGUCGCAAGCGGCGGAGACGGGUCUGUGGAGACCAAGAUCGGAGCCUCCGGCUAUUGAUGGCUAUGGUGGUCGGAUUGUUACAGGAGUUCCUGUUUGGUGUGUGCUUCAACGGCCAACGUAAAUUUGGUGGUGUUUGGCUGCAGUGCUACACAAAGACUUGUGAUUAAUAUUUUUUUUCUUUGUUACUAUACAAAAAAAAAACUUAUUUGAUGUCUGGAAACAAAAAUGAUUACAAGGAAGUCAAACUCUAUACCUGCUC